AUGCCAGAGCUCGACGCUAUGUUCCGUGGUAAGUAUUUAUUCCUCUUUAUUGACUUUUACACUUCCACAACAUUUCUCAUGUUCAGUCACCCAUUAGCGAACGUGGUGGUACACUCAGUGCUGAGUACAAGGAUAUUUUCCUUACGUAAAAUAUGUAUGAAGGGUAUGUGUGAUACAGGGAGCGAUAAUGGAAGUGCGGAAUAGUUCCAAACUUCAUAUCGCACGCCGCCUAUGUAGUUCAGGCCACAAUCAAGAAAUAGCGCCCUCGACCAUUCAUCUCUUACGAUUUUUGGGAGUUUUCUGCCCAGCAGUCACAAGUCGUCUGGAUUGACUGUUUUAGAUUGCCUUUCUCAGACCUUUGUUUAGAACCAAAUCACAAGGAUCGGCGGUAGGAGGACCUUUUUAAGUAACGGUCCACAGACCCUAUUAUGAUGCCAUCCCUGGAUUUUAUGAUAUAUAUAGCAAUCUGUAUACUAGACUACCGGUUCUGCUGCGCGAUUGAUUAUUUUUCAAACGGAAGUCCGCCAACCCCGUUCUUGGCGUCCAAUAAAGGUUGUCACGUUAUCCUUCGCCCAUGGACGCACACGGUAACUAGGAUCUAGCUUAACGAUUCGGAGCGAGAUGUGGCGCUAGUUUCUAUCCCACGCAGUAUGCCCAACUUUCGGUGUUUUGAUUGUGUUUAUAAUUUCCGCUGCACCUCUCACCUUCACCCCAGUGGUACUUCACACGCCAAGAUCGUUGUAUCCAGACAAUUUUCCAACAAACUUGUAUCAGGCGGCUAUGGCGUCUUCAUUCGGACCUGGUAGCAGGUUUUCGCUCCACUUGGUAACCCUUUAAGCCUCAUAUGUAAAUUGUAGUGAAGACAACUUCGGCAGCAUCGAUUUUGCUACCUCCGUGGGCUGAUGGUUAAAUUAAGGGCGGGAAUACAGUGUCGCAACACUUAGAAUUGUCUAUUCCCCCACCAGCCUGUCAUACGGGCGGACUACUACUACUACUACCACCACCACCACCACCACCACCACCACCACUACUACUGCUACUACUACCACUACUACCGCUGUUACUACUAACACUACUACCACUGGCGGGAAUACAGUGUCGCAACACUGAAGAAAACUUUUUCCCCCGUCUACCACCACUGAUACGGCGAAUACUACUACUAAUCCUACUAUUAGUACUACUACUACUACUACCACCGCCACCACGGCUGCCAAUGCUACUCUACCAACGCUUACAGUAUGGGUAACUAACUGCAAUAAUACUAGCAUCAGUAACGGAGUGUUGUGACACAGGUAUCCAACCAAAUUAAGUUAACAGAACUCGGUGUGAGGUAUUUACCAGGUACCUCUUCCCAAUCUGUUCUGCAAACCAUUUGGCCAGAAAUGGCCAUUCCAGUCUCCCUUGUCUUUGUCGGUAAUACCAUUCUGCCCAUUUGAUCUUUAGCAAAAUCGGUCGUCAGCUGGAUUGUUACCUUUGGAAUGUCAGUUCUGAGGUUUAACAGUACAAAGCCGCCCAUUUUAAGAAGAACCUUUAACGGAUUCCGUCCAUCAGUAUCAGGGUCUCAUUUCUUAUCACGGCUCUGCAUUCCCUGAUUCUUACGUAAUGUUGCCCACAAGUCUGGUAGCCUAGUUGUAGCAAGCAUAUCUGACACCCUUUAAGGACUUUUGUUUGAUUUAUAGACUCAAGAGAAGUUUCUUUCAAUUCCUUUUAGAUUACCGUCAAAUUAUACGAAAACAUAUGAAGUUCGGUUCUUGGCAUUAUAUGGUUUCAAUGAAACAAGGCAGUGUAACAAGUCCACUGUUUCAGAGUCUAGAGUCAUUUUGGCCAGGCGUUUUGGUGAGUUGGACUUUUUUCGAAGUGAAAUCCCCCAUUAACCUAUUAAUUAGAAGUUUGAUGUAGGAUUGCAGAUUUUUACUCUAUAGGUCUUGAAUAAGUGCCUUCAGCUAUGAAUCCAAUUGGUUGCUUUUUAAUUUUCUCAGAAUUAAACUGCUAACUUGUAGUAAAUCAGUUUAAGCCGAGGUCUUUUGGCGCAGGCCGAAAUCUAAUGUAUGGCUAUUUGGGUCGAAUUUCAUCAGCCACAGCAGGACAACCGCGUAAUAUUAACUGCCGACAGGCAGCCACCAGUGUUUUUAGUGUUAAAAGAUACCGUACUAGCAGCACAGGUAUUAGCUAAAAGCCCAGACACGUGUUUCGCCGAUAUUCUGCCGUCGCAUGGCACAGCUGCGAGGGAUUAGGCUCAUCGGUUGGUCCCCCAGCAUUCCUUAUGUGCUUUCUGGUCGAUACUCCAGUUUAGAAAUUGUUGCUGUCUGACCUUACUCUCAAAGCUGAAAGCACGUAUGUCAGUUCAUUCACAUUUUCAAAGUUGGUUAGUAAUGGGAACAAGGACUCAGUGGCCUGACGAUUGCGUGACUGUUGUACUAGAAGAAUCGUCCUUAUUCCCGACGAGUUUGUAUGGAGUCACUUGUUUAAUUGAGUCGUAGGAGUCCUCCAACCUGCAUUGCUGGAUCGCGUUUAUUUUACCAAUCCCAUCCAAUUAAUUCAGUCAUUUCAUAUACUAGCUAUGCCUACCUCUAGACUUUUAAGUCGGUCUUCUAGCCGACGAUUGCGGGAGAGAUGGUGGUCUGAGUCUGUCCAGACUUACAUGCUUUCGAGCCGAUGCCAGAUUUCCAUCUUACUGAAGGGUGGCUGUGUAUUUAGAUGGCGAUUUUUGCUGUACCUCCCCCCCCCCCGCCUUUUGACCAUGUGCCCAGUUAUCACACACUGUUCCGUUUUUUAAUAGUUUUCCUUCACCGUGACUUGAAAUGUGUAAUUUUUUUGUAGGCUCUCGCUGGGGAUAUUGAAGAAGCCAAAGAGUCCCUUCUGCAGUACCACCAAGUCUGGAAGAAAUACGGAUUUCUUCCGGAAAUGUACGACAUCAAUUCGGGCAAACCGGUGUCAGGCAGAGCAGCUUAUCCUCUUCGGCCAGGUUUGCACUUUUGUUUGCAAUUAUUUCGUGAAUAGAGGAACGUGUUUAAGUCCCACGUACUUGUCGGAGAAAGAGUGACACUUGUGGCACACUAGGCUGGUAUCUCUUUUUCUGGAACGUUCACAAGCGUCCGUCAUCAGAAGUCGAAAGCCAGCUGCAAAGCCAGCGGUAUUUAUCCAACACUGCGGCCAAUCACCCUUCAGCUUUGUAAGCCUGGAUGCAGCUUUAAGGGGUUAUGCAUGUGGUUGGGAAAUCGGUAAUUCAGUGGAUCGAACUCCUUAGUUCUAAAGUCAAAUCGGCGCACAGCUUGCCUUUCCCCCACCAGAGCAAUUAUUUUUAGUGCUGCUAGAUAGGAGGCUUAACUCGUCUGGUGGACGCGGGUGAGAAUUUGUAGUAGUAUUCUCGUAAGUGAUCCAGUUUACGCCCGUGCAUGUAUGAUUCCAUGCUUCUCCCAGCCCAGCUAAUAACAUCUGUUAAACCAAAGCACUAAUGCGCUAUUCCUUAUUGUUUCUUAUUGAGAAAUCUGUUCGUAGUAGACUCAGGUCGGUGUGCGCUUCUAUAACCUGGUUCCUCGACAGUGUGUCCAGCCUCCUAAAAGCCAUCCUUCUUAUAUAGUAUACUGGUUUGCCAUGCCUUCGGUUGCCUUUCCGUCUGCGUUCUCCAGGAUGGAUUCCAAGGCUUAGGUUUGUCAGUACUUAUAAAGCCAUUCCACCGAAACCGAUCUCAGAGGUACCUAACAAUUCCCUUCCACUUCUGCGGAGGAUUUUAGUGACUGCUGUUCGAACCUCAGGGAUUUUUAACCUGGAGUUUGGUAUGGCCAUUUGGUGAUGACUACUAGACCACAAGUGGCCAUCCCAACCCCCCUUGUCGUUGCCCGGGUGUUCCACACUUCGGGCUUGGGUAUGGCUGGCUGACGACGGCUAAUAAGCCAGAAAUGGCCAUUCCAGUCUCCCUUGUCUUUGUGGGUAAAAUCAUUCUGCCUAUAUAUCAUGCGCCGCUGCGCGGCUGCUGGUUGGGCUCGAGAGAGAGCCCUUAAGGCACAACGGAACGAGUGAGUUCCGUAUGAACGAUCGGUGAGCGCCCCCUAACAACAUAUAUAUAUAUAUAUAUAUAUAUAUAUAUAUAUGUGUAUAUAGGGAAGAGGAGGAUGAGGCGAUCUCUGGGGAAGAAGGUUUAUUCACCUGACGUUUCGUGUUCAUGCUCGAGCACAUAUAUAUAUUGCUGAUUGAAGCGAAAAUGCGCGUUCCCGGAUAUAACUGAGAAGAUAAGGCGAUCGCAGGAACCAUAGGUAUAUUUGCCUGACGUUUCGAAAGCAAACAAGCUUCCAUCAUCGGAGGUGGGUUGCGUACUGCGCGUCACAGUAUUUAAGAGUUUUCUUUCGUGCUGGCGUGUCACUGACUUCCAGCGCGCUGCAUCACAAGGCGUGACGAUUGUUGUCAUGGCGGCAUCGGUUUCUCCUCACCCUUUGUCGGGUGUGGGGAGGGGAGCGGCGUCGGGGUGACCGCGGCCAUUGCUCUUGUUUGCAUUGUCCGUUGUCCGCCCUCCACGUAGCUCGCCUUCCUACCCCGUUCGCACCUGCCCGUAACCGCGUGGACGGUGGUUGUCAUGCCAGUGUUGACGUCGGGCUGGGGAUUCCUGUCACUGUCGCGGGUUCUCGUCUCGCUGUCCCGUUCACACCUGCCCGUAACCGUGUUGACGGUGGUUGUCAUGCCAGUGUUGACGUCGGUCUGAGGAGUACUGUCACUGUUGGGCGUUCUCACCGACUGCUCUCGUCUGUCUGCGUUCGCCGCCGGUUGUCCCCUGGUUUCGUUUGUUCCCGAUGUCUGUCUAUGCCCGUCCGUGCUCCCGCUUGGUCUGGGUUUGGUUACUGUCGUCUGCGGCCUGACGUCUCGUCUGUAGCCCUGCCUAUUGAACUCCACCCGUAGGGCUUGGUAGGCAGCCGGCAAAGUUACGCAGCGGUUGAUUGAGGUAGUUGUGGUGUACCAGGCUUCGAGCGUCUCCCUAACUGUUUGAUCGCUCCCUUGGCCCAAGACUUCGGCGUCUUGGAAGGCGAAGGCGUGGCCAAAAGCUGCACAAUGUUCUGCCACCAACGAGAGCUGGUCCAUUCUUCGUACCGCUCUUGCGUGCUCGUUCAUACGGGUCUGCAAUCUCUCUCCGGUUUCUACAACGUAGUUUGCCUCGCAGGAACUACGCGGGACCCGAUAGACGACGUUGGCAGUUUCGCCUCGUGGCAGAAGCGUUUUUGGCCUCAUGACCAGACGUCUAAUGGUCGCUUCUGGUUUGUGGGCGAUGCCGAUACCCAAGCUCCAUGUGGGUGGCAAAGGUCACGAACAGACAACCAAUUACCAGGCCGAAGUCGGCCAAGUAAUAAUAGCAGCGAGGAGGGACGACAGAGAAUGCGGGUAGAUUGAAACCCCGACCAGCAGCUGGAACCAGACACACAUGCGCACAGACGCACCUGGCGCAGUUGGCCCACCACUGGGGUCUACCGGGUGUCAUCUACGUAACGGGGCCACAUUCUAGGUUUGAUAAUUUGAAAAACAUCCUCUUCUGGUCACUGCAACACUGGUUCGGCGAGCAGUCCUGAUAUUAGCGAGCCCCUCGGGCUUCUCUUUACUUGUUGGGAGUACUUAUUAUCGAAUUUGCAAACGCUCCUAAGGCAAAGUUUGAGUAAUUCUAUAACAUACUGCGUCGGGAUCUAAAUAGGGUUGUUUUGUAGGCGUUGGGCUACUCUUUCUAUUGUCAAAUCGUGUGGUGCGGAAGAAAACUAGGCAACAACGCCAAAAGAUAGGAGGAAUCAAUCAGUACCUACUUUGAAGCCAUGGAUCCUACGGAAGAAUGCAUGAGAGUUGUUAAUGCUGCAGUCUGAUCCCCGAGUAAGCUGCUUCCGAUGAAUGUACAACCACUUAGCUAUAUUGUAAGUAGGUGGUCCGAUGAGUAGCAUUGUAAUCCUCUGUGGUACAUCCACUUUGUACACUUUUCGGAGGCCAUACGCAUGUGCGAUAUGGGGAUCACUGGGGAUUAUCAACUUAGAGUCAUCUGGACUGAUAACUUUCAGACGAGCGAGCUCAUCAAUCUUCUUUUCCAUGGCUGCAGCCUGCUUUUUCGUCGGGUCUUCGGUUACACGUGUCUCGCCGAUUGAUUGUCUUUGACUCGAAUGUUCAUUGAGAUUUCGGGUCUGACUCUAAAAAAUCAUGUCCCGGAGACUUAACUCCCUGUCCUGUACUGAAUAAUUGCUGAAAUCAUUCGCUUAACACACAUGUAUAUACCUCACUUCGUAUGGCUUAUGACGUACUGAUGAUCGGUAACGGCUGCGAAACAGUUGUCUGCGUCUGGCUUGUUGCAUUCCUAGUGAGCUGCCCAUGUAUUAUGUACACGCAUAGGUAGCUCGAUAUAACACACGAAACUGCACUUAUGGUCCAUAACUCCCGCCCACCUCUGUUUACCCCCUUUAUUCAUGCAUUCAAAGCUUUCGUCCUAUUUGCGAGCCAAUACGUCUGCUUUGUAAUCGGAAGUGAAUACCCCUGUCUUCCUUGUACGUGGCGAACCCGUGCAAAUUUGCUCAGUUGCUCUUUCAGCAUUUAUUUAUCAAGCUGUACUAUUUCCUCCGGAUAGUUAAUACGUUUAGAGUAAAUAGCGUUGCCAUGUCUGCCUGUUCCCAUCCCACAGAAUUUAUAGAAUCGGUGCUGCACCUAUACAGAGCGACUCGGGAUCCCUACUUGCUCGAGGUCGGCGUUGAUGUUCUCACCUCCAUUGAAUCCCAGGCCCGAACAGGCUGCGGGUAUGCUACGGUAAGCGCCAAGAUGUCAAUCGGUUUUCCCCUGAGAAAACCAUUGCCGUUUGUUUUCAAACCGUGUGAGCUGGAGUAAUAUACUGUCCAGAUAAAAAUCAUUUGUGCUACCAAAGUCCUUAUGGAGACAGUAUACUAUGGAGUACCCCUUAAAUAACCCAAAACCGGUCGAUUGAAUGUCUUAGCCUACUGAUGACACAAAUCUAUUCUCUUUCCCGUUAAAGUGCUGUUUACAGGCGGCACAUUGUCCGCUGAUGUCGUUAUUUAUUCAGGCUACCAAUUAGGGUAGGCAGCUUGCUGAACCUGCUUACCGAAAGCCAUCCUGACUGAUAUCAAAACAGAAGUAUUGUUGAUGUUGCUCGACUACGAGUAAGCACAGUCUGGCGCGAUUUCCCCCUUGUCCAAUGUCAAUUUGGCAAGAGUUUUAACGGAGGAUAAAGUACGUGUCGUGGAAGCCUGUGACCUUAGUCUUAUUGUAAUGGCUUCAGCAGCAGUUCUCUGCUGGCCCUUCAAACGUGUGAUGCCUAUAAUUGUGCUGUCAUUUUGUUAAAUACAUAUGUAGUAGCUAGGUUUCUUUUUUAUCAUGAAAAAUUGCCGCUGAAUUGCCUUCUAUUACAAUUCAGUUUGGCUCCAAUUGCCUCAAAAGUUGCGCCCAGGCGGAAGGUGGUUGAGUUAGGCUGUAAAUACAAAAUCUGAAACGCAUUAAUCAGGGGACUUUACUUGCGUCAGCAGUUAUUUGGGUUAAAUCCAUUGGCCAUGCUGCCGUAAUCUGAAGACCUUCAAAGUGUGCUUGUUGCGUCGAGGCUGAGUUUUAGCCAACAGGCCUCGCACCGGUGCCCCUUGUAUCUGGGAUUUUGUCUUAUAGACUGUUGACGUAUUUCAGUUUCUUAUAGCCCGAAAUAAGCGCUAUUCAGGCGUUGUACUUUUCCUUAGUGUGCCUUUUGCGACUGAGUUCGUCGAUUCUUAUCUUUUAAUGUUUUCCAUCAUUUACACUGACUUUAAUACCGUGUUCGUCGUCGAUAUUGCAUGCAAGCCGACAGUGACUUAUUGUUAUAAUGCUUCUCUUAUUUUAUCCAAUGCACAUUUGACUCUCCCCUCGCACUCAGUAG